UGCCCAUUGAAUGGCGGGAACAUGUGAAGGGUGUCACUUCUGGACGUUCCGUUUAUUUGAACGUUGAUUUGAGUUUUGGGUUCCGAUUAUUCUUGUUUUGUUGUGUCGUAGAUCAUAAAGCAUUAGUUAUAAACUCGCUUACUAGAGUUGCUGAUCGACCACAUACCAACAACAGUGAACUCGACACCCUUCAGUGCAAUCAUAAUGGAUCAACCUUUAUUUUCUUGCACAAAAUGCCUGCAAAAUUUCCCACAGUCUGAAAUGUCCAGGUCUGGACAAGCAUGCAAAAAGUGCAGUCCUCACCACUCUACAUUCAAACAAUGCGAAUAUUGCAAAUCUGACUUUAAAUACAAUGUGUAAGUUACAGAAACUCAGUUUAUUCUUGGGGUUUCCUAAGUUGCGGCGGUAUCUGCCCACACUGUCAAUCUCUUAAAAGCAAGUACGGCGAGCCUCAGUCUUGUUCCAUAUGCAAUUUAAAAACUGCUUUUGGCAGUGCCUUGGUUUGCCAGAGGUGCUUACACUACAGAAACAGAUUCGGUGAGCCACGCCAGUGUCAUUCUUGUGGGAAUACGUGUGCCUUUUUAAAAGAUGAGGCCAGCCGAGAGAAAGUUGAUGGACAGAUUCUUUGUUGGGUGUGUACAUACAAUUUUAAAUUAGCUCGAUCUAAAGAACGCUCUAUUCAUGGAUUCAACAAACGUCGACAUGAUGGUUACCAGCUUUCAACUGCAAACCGUUCGAGAUCAAGUCAUAAGUAAGCCGGCCACUUUCUUUUUCCGCUCACCAUGUAAUUAAAGUGCUAGAACUCAGGUUUCUGGUCGAUUUCAAUAGUGUUUUACAAAGCUCUAAACAUCAAAUAAAUAAAUAAUGUCAAUCUCGAGCUCUUUUAGAAACCGGUAGAGAAAUAUGUAGCAGUGAAUUGUCUCUUGAUUCAUUUCCUAUAUUCAUGAAUAGUUCACGGUUGCCUAUGACUGUCUGACUGAAUAGCCCAUUGUUACAGGCAAAUUUCUUUUCAAAGUCACAAAAUUGAGCCAAGCAAAAUGAAAGAGGCGAUAUUUUUAGAAUUUAAAUGACCCCCAUCCAUUGAUCUUGUGCUUAGAUAUCUACUUACGUCAAACAAGUACUGAAGGCUUAAAUACUUUCUGACCUAACAACUACUAACAUCAUACCAACUGUAGACACACCAAUCACUACUGAAGGUUAGUGGCUAAAUACUGUUGCUUUUAUCGGAAUAAUUAAGCUCGGAUUAUGUUUUAGUUCAUAUACAUGUUUAUCUUGGCUUUAAUAAACAUAGAAAUUUCAACGAAAAGGUUGCUUUAAAAAGGGUUUUACUAGGUGGAGGGGCUGAUAAAACGCAGUCUUUCAUAUAACUUGGGUGAUAGUACAAGAAUUUCCAGAAUAUCUCUCAUCCACUGCGUCCAGAGUGUUACCUCAGAAGUGCUCUACUUUAAUUCUCAGUUUGGAGGUAUGGUGAAGCAAUGGAGUCAUUUGGUCACUCCACUUUAAGAGUAAUUAAGUGGUGAGUUGGUGGUAGAUGAUAUCUGAGAAAACACAAAAUGCUCAUCCUGCUUUUAUCACUUUAUACCAGUAAUGACGCAGGAGAGAUAUCUAAAUACCCAAUAUAAGACGAAUAUUUUAUGAAGUCCGCACGAUGCUCUUUGACUGGUAGGGAUGUUUACCCAAGGCAGAUAUCUGUAAGUCACAAAUAUUCACGUUUGCCUCUGAAACAACAUCCCGUCUUUAUGGAUUGUCAGAGCAUUCGGUGCUUGCCCAGUUACUAUCUAGUGCGUCAAGUUUCGCCGGCUAAGAUGGAAGUGGAUCAAGGACCGUUGCUGCCCAGACAAAAGCAGCUGCAGUCCACAACAUCAAUGAGUGAUCUUCUGACCCGUGUGGGGAAUUUCGGGUUUAUUGUGUCUCAUUCUAUGAGAUCGUGUCAUAUCGAGUUCAGUAUUUCUAUGUCUGCUAGAAUGUUUAUUUGAUGACCCAUGUGAAUUUUUAAAAAUAAUAUUCCUUAAUUCUUUAAAAUAAAAGGUUGGAAACUUAGUGCCCAUAUUUCGUUUUCUAAACAAUUUGAAAAGCUGUAUUCACAUAAACUUUUGAAUUUUAGCUCUCUUAAAAAGACUUAUACCGAUGGGUUUGGAACAAGGCAAAUUGACACGCAGAUGCAUGUACAACAGGCUUUAACUACUCAAGCACUAAGGUGAGUAAUAGGUCAUUGAGUAGGAUUUAUGUGUAUAUGCAAUCGCUAAUUGUGUGGUCAUAUGGAAUGCUAGUGACUUAUGAGUUGGUUAAAAACUAAGCAGUUCCCAAUAGGCGCUAAUGCUGUCAGACGUACUAGGACAACGCACCUGAGUUUGAAUGUAUUUAAAAGACUAUUUUGGUUUCUCGAAAUAUUUAUAUAUGAAAAUAAAUGAAUAAUAAGGGGUUCUACAACAAAUAAUUGUUAGUUUACGUUAAACUAAUUCAAGGUAAUUAACUCAUCAAUAACAAUUAAUCUCAACGCAUACUGGCACAUAUGUGUGGCUGAACAGAUAAGAAGAGUUAACCAAUAAGGAAAUAGUUCACAAUUGAUAAAAUGCGAGGUAUUAAAGUCUAGUUGCUCACAAGUAAUAUAGUUAUAAUACAUACAUUUCAAGAACCAUGUGCUGUGAAAUACUUUCUCGUUAGAGAUAAAUGCACUGUUUAGACUAAAACGUCCUUGGGGAUUAUAUGAAUACGGUCGGAUCAUUCAAUGAGCCUUUGUUCGACCCACCAACGACUAUAUUUCUUCUAAACUAUGUUUCUCAUUGCUGUCUAUGCUUCUUACUAACUCAUUUGCCUGGUAAUUAGAAAUGAGCCGCGCUAAUAAUUUACUACUUGGUUACCCAAACCGAAGUAGGUGAAGUGGGAUUCAAAUUCCCAACCAGAGAUCCCUAAGCAAAACUGUCUUAGAAUCUCCUUUCCAAGUUUGCCAAGUUCUCGACGCCCUGUGAUCCUCGAUUCAUCACUUUCCCGUUUGCCUGAGAAUUUCAAGUUAGGACUUGCCUCUUGAUUCAGUCCAGUGGUUUCUACAGUGUCUUACCCACCCAACGCUUUUUCUUGAUUUUCUUAACUGGAAGUCAGUUUCUUCUCAGUCAGAGUAUGUUAUUGCUGAUGGUCUCUAGCCAAUGGAUCCGGAGUAUCUUGCGUAGACACCUGUUUAUAAACAUCUGUACCUCAUUAUGGUGGUUGUGGUAGUUCUCCAAGUCUCAGCUCUUUACGAUAUAAAACUGCUUUGACGUUAGUGUUGAAAAUUGUGACUUUAGUAUUGAGUUCCAGAUAUUCUUCAGUUGUAGGAAUGCUACCCUUGGUUUGUUGAUUAGUGCUUUCACGUCCGAAUCAGAUCCUCCUUGUUUAUCGAUGUCACUGUCUAGGUAGUAGGGGUUUCUACUUCUUCCAGAGCUUCGCCAUCAAGUGUGAUUUGGUUGGUGUUCAUUGUUUUGCGUUUCACGAUCUUUCUUUUUCUCUUGUGAAUGUGUUAUAGCCCAAAGCCGCCAAUCAGAAGCAGCGAAUUAUCGAUUGGACCAAGGACGCGUAAAACACGUGCGAGCAGCCUAGAGUUCUGAUUGGUCCUGCUUUCCGCCUAACCCAGCCAGUUAAGUCCAGAACAUCAGUCUCAGCCUCGUUAUAUUUCAAACAUACUGAGUUUGUAUAUCAAUCAAACAGACGACAACGUAGGAUAAAAUAGAAAAUAACAUUUGUACAAAAUAUGGCCAAAUGUGGCUGUGAAUGUGGGAGGCGGUGACUAACAGGCGGCAUAAUUCAAGAAUGGUAAAACGUAUAAUAAUGGUUCAUAGAUCAAAAUAAAUCUUAUAAUAAGAGGAACAUAAAUAUGAAUAGUUUAGUUAUUUAACAAUUAUACGAUAAAAAUAUACGUUUAGUAUUGGUCCAUAAAAGGAUCCCAAAGUUACCAUUCAUUAUGUUUCUCGGGACCUAACAGAAUGUUGAGGCCUAUUUCUAUGGAAGAGGCUAGUACAUUGGGUAUAUUCGUCUGCAUUUGUUUCCGUGUAUGCAACCGGGGGUCUGAGUCAUCUCCAAAGUCCAUAUCGUCCAGUUGUGUCCACGGUAUUCUAUGCUCCUCCUUAGAUAUACAGGUCCUCAUUAUCCAGUCGACAGAUGGCAGCAAGAAAAUGGACGAGAAUAUGGAGCCUUUUUGACACUGGUCCGCAGUUGAAUUAUGUCUUAUAACUGUUCUCCACUCGCAGCUUUGCAGUCCAAUCCUUUGUGAGGGUUCCGUAUGAAGGUGACAAUCUUCUUAUUCUGCAUUGACUGAUGUCUUCCCUUCCCCAUCUCUUAGAUAUUUAUCAGGCUAUUUGCAUCCUUUAUAUCGAUGCUUUUUGCUAACCACCACCUUCAAAAAGGGUUCACGUCGCUCCUGGAACAACUAUCGGGGGAUAAGUCUACUUCCAAUUGCGUCCAAGCUAUUGGUUUCCUUCAUACUUCGUAGGUUGUUCAAAACCCGAGAAAGAUUGACUCGCGAGAAGCAGGCUGGUUUUCGUUCCGGUCGGGGGUGUAUUGAUCAUAUCUUCACCCUCCGCUAAAUGUUAGAACACCGUCAUACUUAUUAAAGGCUAACAGUCGUAGUGUUUCUUGACAUCAGGGCUGCCUUCGAUUCGUUGGAUAGGACUGUUCUCUGGGAUCGUCUAUUGAAGAGGAGUGUGCCUGAGAAGUUUAUUAACAUCCUAAAGGCCCUAUAUACAAACACCUCAGGCAGAUUGAAGGCAUACAACCACCUCUCUCCACUGUUCCAUUUAAGCAUUUGAGCAUACUGUUGCAAGUAAGUAUCGAACCGAGCUAGCUUCUAGGCUAUCAUUUGAGCAUUCGGAUGAUAUUGUCUUACUGUGCGAUAAUACCCAAGCUAUGCAAUCCGCACCCAAUCAGUUGGCAAUCAAUGUCCAUAGGUAUGGAAUGUGCUUUGCACCUUGGAAGUGCAAAGUACUUCUACGAAACUGACAGGAUCCUAAUCUUGUACUCACCCUGGAUGGUGGGCAGAUAGAAAUAGUUGAGAAGUUCGUGUAUCUAGGUAGCUGCAUAAGUGCUGGUGGUGGCGUGAGUGAUGAGAUCAAUGCACGCAUAGUGAAAGCCAGAGCGGCUUAUGCCAAUCUGGGCCAUCUUUGGCGCCUUCGUGAUGUUAGUCUGGCUGUAAAUGGUCGGAUCUACAACACGUCGAUGAGAGCAGUUUUGCUCUAUGCUUGUGAGACCUGGCCUCUCCGAGUUGAGGAUGUUAGACAACUCUCUGUGUUCGAUCAUCACUGUCUCCGAAGGAUUGCUGACAUCCAGUGGCAACACCAUGUUAGUAAUGCAGAGGUUCGGCAUCGUGUGUUCUGGCGCAGAUAAUCCGAUUGGUGUCACCAUCUUGAAACGCCGACUUCUGUGGCUUGGACAUGUUCUACGACUGUCGUCCCAAAGAAUUCCACGUCGAGCAUUAUUUGCCGACGCUGGGACUGGUUGGAAAAAGCGGAGAGGUGGUCAGUGUAUGACAUGGUGUCGUAGUAUGAAAGAAAGCUGCAAAGGGCUGUCUUGUGUUGGUCCUUCACGACUCCCUGGCUGGGGUCCGAGAGAUGGUGCGACACAGUGGCUAGAGACGUUAUCAGAUAUGGCUCAGAAUAGAAGCCAGUGGCGAUCCUGCUGUAAUCUUCUUUUACUUUCUUCAUAAAACAAUGGUUGUUUCUUCCUUAACUGAAAGAUUUCUUCCGAUUGUACCUUUCGGUUUCCCCCAUUAUUAUUAUUACACUACCUUACAUCAAUCUCUUCGUUUUUGUUCUUUUUUUUUUACGCUCCUUGCCUUUUUUCUUUUUCCUUCUCUUUAAAUUCUCAUUGUUUUGUGUGGCGCAUAUAUAUUUGGCGCACUCUUGUACCAAUACUUAUGUGUUCUAAUAAAAUAAAAUAAUAAUAAAUACAUAGCAUUCAAAUUAUUGCUAUAAUUAUCACUGUUAUUACGCGUCGUAACAGGAUUAGUCAGUUCAACCCAAAGUAAAACCUGACACAUCUGUAGAUUGACUCAAUUUGACACACCUCAUGCGGAGAGAGAAAUCGAAUUAUCCGGGCAAAUCUCAUAGAAAUACGGAUAGAUUAGCACUAAUUGUAAUGAAAAAAUUAGACAUCGAAAAUACGAUUCGAAAAGAAAAUAUGGACUAGUCAAGUGGAAAAAAUUCAUAUGGCAUUUAGAAACUUAGAAUCUAAACAAAGUCAAAGAAUGAAUAUACCUACACUAUUGCAAACGAUUCUGAACCAUACCACCCAGUCUCCAAGCGUUGGUUACGACAAUCACAAGGACUCCAACCAGGUAGUCUACACCUACCCACAUGGCUUAGUCUAAUAGUGUCUUCAUGGAUCGAUACCAUAUAUUGGCUUCAUUGCGUCUAGCUUCCAACCUAUUGCAUCUGUCAUCGUCGCGCCUCCAGGUAGUCAGUGGAUAGGCAUACGUGACACGUCCCAACCAUCCCGGUCGAUAAUGAUUCACUAUUUCAUCAACCAACUUGCCAUGCUUACCUAGUACUGUCUGUUUAACUUCGGUAUUGCUAAUUCGAUGGUCCCGAAAUGCACGAACAAUGGUUCUAAGACAACUGUGACCGAAUAGUAGUAACCUAUAAAUAUCCUCCGUCUCUGAACGUCACGUUUAACAGUUAUAACAUAGGACAGAGAACUGCUGCUCAGUAAAGCCGUUCUUUAGUUGGUAGACGAAUGCAUUACUUACUGAACAAGUGACGCAAGUUAGCAAGUCAGCCGAACUUUCUGGAUUUGUGCCAAAAUCUUGCAGUAACAAAAUUACAUAGAAAAAAGAGGCACAGUACUAUUGAUGGAUAGUCUUGGUAUACUCUGAAAUCGAAAUACAUGCAUAUUAAAAACCAUUUGUGUCAUUAGCAAGUUAUUUAUUGGUCAACAUAUUCGGAAAUCUUUGAUCAAAAUGAAACCUUUAUAGAGAUCGAGAGUCAAGAUGACGUCAGUUGUGUAUGUCUCUUUAAAUAUCUUUCCUAAUAGUUCCGCAGAGUUUAUAUGGUUAGGUAUUUGAGCGAAUUCUACGACUCAAUGAGACAUUUUCGAACACAAAAUUAAGGCAUUUAUUAUUAUUAUUAUUAUUCCUUACACUAGUCUGGUCGUUAUUGUUCCUCUUCGUCUUCUUUUUCUUUUGCGCUCCUUACCUUUUUUUCUCCCCAUUUUCAUUGUUUUGUGUGGCGUAUAUAUAUUUGAUGCCCCUUGUACCAAUAUUUAUGUGUUCAAAUAAAUAAAUACCCACCACCUCCUAGUAUGUUGAAGUUGUUGCUUUUCAGAUCCUUUUCCAGUCCUACACAAUGGUUUCCACUUGUUCUAGUAGGCCUUGUAAGGCCUGGAACUAAUUACUGUGAGCUAUCAUGAAUUCAGUGAAUUUUUUAGUAUCUCAAAAAACGUCUUAUUGACUUUUUGUAGUGUUGUUUGUCCAACUGUCCAAUACCUCCUUUGCCUUAGUUUUAGUUCAGCCACUACCAGAUGGUGGUCUGCAGCUAUACGAGUUCGUUUCUUUGUUCUUACGUCUUCUGUUGGCCUCCUGAUGCAGGUUUAAUCGAUCUGGUUCUCCCUAAUGUCGUCCGGUGGAGCACAUGUACCUCGAUGUAUAUAGUUGAGAGUCAAAAUGCUGCUGCCUAUAACCACAUUGUUAGAAGCACAUAAAUCCGCAAGUCUCACUACUCGUUCUAUCCUCCCAGUCCGUGUUGCCCCAUAACGCUUUCCUAUCCUGUGUUGUCCAUCACGAGACGUCAGAUUCCCUAUCAGGAUGGUCAGGUAUUUUCCUUAGCAGUCCUCUUCGACGGACUGCAGCCUCCCAUAAAACUGAUCUUUAUUUUCGCUGCUAUCAUUGGUAGAUGCGUUACACUGAAUGACAUCCCUUGCAAUCCCUUCUUUUAUUUUAAAGAGUGCUUUAGUGAUCCUAGAGCUAUGAGAUUCCCAUCUUAUAAGCGCUUUUGGUGCUUCCUUGAAGAACAUCAGUGCAGGUCCUUAUUUAUUUAUUACUUAUUAACUUUGAUUCAGUAAACUUCUCUUACAUCUUACACUGUUUAUGGUUAACAUUACUUACGCCUGUUACUCCUAAUGAAGCAUAGGCCGCCGACCAUCAUUCUCCAACCCACUCUGUCCUAAACCUUCUUUUCUAAUUCCAUCCAAUUCUUGUUCAUUUUUCUCAAGUCUAUCUCCGUUUCCCGGCGUAAUGUGUUCUUUGAUCUUCCUCUUUUCCUUUGGCCUUGAGGAUUCCAUAUGAGGGCUUGUCUUGUGACGCCAUUGGGUGCUUUCCUCAAUGUGUGUCCUAUCCACUUCCAGCGCUUCUUCCUCCGCUGGGAUCUGGUGUGUUCUUCCCCACACUUGGUUGUUGCUAAUAGUGUCCGGCCAACGAAUCCGAAGAAAAACAAUAACGAACAGAUUAGUGUAAUGUAGUGUAAUAAUAGUAAUAAUGGGGGAAACUGAAAGGUACAGUCGGAAGAAACAACCAUUUUUUUUUUAUAAAGAAAGUAAAAGGUUACAGCAGGAUCCAAUCGAUUAGUACUGCCUCAGCUCUAGCGCUUAGUGCGACACCAACGCCAGCAAGACCAGACGAAGACGUCACAAGGUACCUAGGUAAACGCACCUAAAACAGGCUUUUUGAAGCGACAGAUGGAGAGCAAAUUUGUAGUACUUCACCAGAGUCUUGAACACGGGUGUCGGAUAGACAACAAACGUUGAUAUUAAGACUUUGCAAAGACAUAGCCAACCCCAUCUGUUGUCCAACCUGCAUAAGUGUGCGAACGUUGAAGGCAGCCAGUUUGAAUGGUGCACGUGGUUUCAGAGAAACUGCUUCAGUAUUCGUAUUUGGUGGUAACAUACAAUUUUCAAAUGGACAGUGACUCGAGAACGUUUAGAUAGAGUCGAAUUUCCACCAUAGACGAGCUGCUGUAUAAGUCGAAAAAAUAAGUAUAGACAGAGUACGAAUAAAAUAGGGUGAAUAAUGAUGUAGUAAAUAAUAAUAAUAAUGUGAAUCAUAUGAUUGUUAAUCGAGGCAAGAAAAGUAUUUUCCAUAAUUAUCGACAGUUCAUCACCGAAGCGGGUAGUUUUCUUAGGGGCCAAACCCCGAGCCUUUGAUCUAAAGGUGUAACCCACAAGGCAGUGGAGCAUCGUGAGGAGAUGCAGUCCAAUGGUAGCCGGUGACCAACAAUUGGUUCAUACUCCAUUUGUUCCCUCAGGAUACUGGAGCCCAUGUGCACCAUUGAUUUCGUUUGGAAUCCGGUUAAAGCGUCGGACAUUCUCUUUUCGUUCUCUCAUUUUCGUAAACAACAGCCCCGUCACGAGAAGGCAGCGAAUAGGACUUCGAUGGUAGAGGCUGUGUACGCGUGGCCAUACCAGGGCAUUUGCGGGCGCAGCUGCUUAUGUGUGCAGACCAUUUUAUUCUUCAUGACUAGAAUAUAAUAGCAUAUCCCCCGAAGCUAGUCUUUUCUGUCCGGUUUUUGUCGAAUAGGUUUAAGCCCUUCCAAGCACAUCCGCUACUUAAAUGCCUCUCCCGCUUCCCCACAUUGUCCGAACAUCCCGUUUGCCUACAUUAAUUGUUGCUCCUGUUAUCAGAAAAAGGGUUAUUCUUGUGUGGUUUUAUCCUGCUCCAGUAUAUUUAGUCAGGGAAUACCGGUUAUUCAAGCUGUGCAAAAAGAUUUCGCUCAUGUAAAUAUGAUGGUUAUUAGCAAAUACAAAAAGAAAAAUAUCAAUUCACACACUUGUAAGUUUACAUUCAUUUUGUUGCCUGAAGUCAUACUAAGACUUGCCAAAUUAAACAUCUUCAAAGAUAAUUUGAUUAUAAUACCAUUUUUUUAUUUAUUUGAGUCUGCAUUAUAACCAUAGCCAUAAAAAAAAUUAGAUGAAGUAUUAGUCCCUUAGAUAAAUUUUGAUAGUGUAAUAAGAAUACGAAUAUUAUCAGAACUAUGUAACAUAUUAGCGCAAACAUCCGGAAAGUGAGAAGUCACGCGUUGCGUUUCUAUACUGCUAGUACGUUUAGUAGCGUUCCAGACCUUUCCGGAAGUCCAAGGCAAUUAAAAUGCCAUAAAUACCCUAGAUUUUUUGUACAUAGGCAAACCUUGGAGUAAAGCGUUUAUUCCAUAUUUCUCUCGUUUUAAAUCGCUGUGUAGAUUUAGCCUGGGGAUUACUAGAAGAGCUUAGGUACUGAAUCUAGCAUUCAAUCCGAAGACUUAUCAGUCAGGUUAAAAAUUAAGUUUCUCUAUGAUAUUAAAAUCUGAAUGCCAUGUCUAUCCUAAGUAUCUUAAUCCCCCUCUUGAUAUUAAUAGAUAUUAUUCAUAUUUCCACAUUUACUUAACCCUAUUUUCAUUAAUUUAGCUUAGAUUCUGUGUACAAUGAGCACUUACUUACUAUAAGCCAGUUACAAGAUGAGAUCAAAUCACUCAAGCGUCAAUUAACACUUAAAGACUCUGACUUGUUAACCAAAGAUCGUACAAUAGCAGAGUUACGCUCUGAAAUGAUUGAAAUAAAAUCAAUGAAUGAAGAUCGUGUCCGAAAAAUAAAAUCAGCUGCACAGCUUGAACAAGAUCGGAUGCUAGCUACAAUACGUCAGUUACAAAAAGAGAAGGCAAUUAUUAGUCAUAAUAUUAAACGUCGUAAAAUUAAUAACAAUCUCUCAAAAAUUACAAACCGAAAUUCUUUGUCUUCGACAACUUUAUUCAAUCCAGAUUCACCGCUUAGUUUGGGCUUUGCGAAACGAGUUUCCAAGCCUCUAGUACUUGAAAGCCAAGAUAAAGAACGUGGAGGCGAGGAAACAUUGUCUUACUCAGAUCGAGUAUCGAAAAAUAUACUGGACUCAACAAGUCGUUCAGUGAAAAGACAACUUACACCUGACUGUAUUGGUGUACAAAUUUACGAUGAAGACUCUAACUUAGCACCUCAACGUACAGUUACUUCUGGCAUAAGACAAAACGCAGGUUCACCAGGUAUUACUUCAAGUAUAUCAUCCAAACCUCCUACAGAUGAUGAAGAAGCAUCUCAACCGUAUCAAUAUGAUCCUCAUGAAAUAUCUGGAAAAAACCCUCUUGGGUUGGAUACGCCAUCGGAGUCUGAAAAUGAAACUCCCGACUGAAAAUUUUCGUGGAAUAUCAAUAUUUUGACUCUUCACUUCUGUUUCACAUAAAAAAAUGUAGACAAUCACUGUUUUUUGUAACACACUACAUCUGCAUUUUAGUAAGACGUUUAAUUUUCAAGUGGUCUGUUUUUAUAACGUCUUUGUCACAUUCAUUUUUGCCUGUGUAUGGUGGCUUGAUUCAAUCGUCCACACACUUUCUAUACGGGAGGUAUGACAAUUUUGUUUGUUCUAUUAGUUAGUUUGGGAGGAAGUUAAAUCUAACUUCCCCUAAAUAUAGUGUCACAUACUUGUAUAUUCAAUUAAAUGUAUAAUGUCUUUUCUGUGUUCUACAAACCAUCUAGAAUAAUUAAUUGUUUGUAUAUUAUCUAGAAACAAAUCAACUCAUAAUAAAUUUAUCAUUUGCAGAUUUAAAGCAAUUAGUCCUUUCGAUAGUUUUGAUAAUAUUCAUGUUCCUGUUACAUCACCCAUUGUGUGGAUUUGUUUUUUUACUUUUCAUUGACCUGUCAUGACACUAGUAAUGCACUAAUCAAUAUACAUUGAAAUUGGCUCGAUUUAUCAACUAACAAAAAAGAGGAACAAAUCCAAGGUCAGAGGUGAAAACACUUAAAACGAAUACGCAAACAACGUUCAAAUCUAUGGACAACAAUCAACCGAAUUGUAGGUUAACAGAGCAAAUAACUAGUCAGUCACGGAGAAACGCUAAUCACUCAGGACUUAUUGAAAUAUCUGCUGAUGAUGUUAUCAACAAGACAAUAGAAGCUUCGUGAUUAAACAACCUGACUCAGAGAACAGAACGCCAUCAAAAAAUUUCCUUUUGAAAUUUAUUAGCAUCUUCAAGCUAUAAACAAUCCUAAUGUAUAGCAUUCACUGCAAAAUAUGUGGAAACAAAGAAAUAUAUUAGUCACUUAAUAAAAAAACUGGGAGUUGUACAAGAAAUUAAAAGUAAACACGCAUCAAAUAAUAGAUGAGGAUGAUCAGUAUUACAAUAAGAUACGGAAUUCAGGUUGUUAUGAUGAAUGUUAAAGGACGUUUGGAAAGCUGGAAGUAGUGGACUGCCGUUUUGUCGUAGUAUGGGACAGGUGAGCAGUACGCAUUGAGGAUCGCACACGUGCGACUGGAAUUAGGGACCUUAGGUCUAACGCGUCAACGCCUAACCUAUUGCUCCAACGUCCACCAUCUCAUUCAUUUACGACACGUAAUUAUUUUCUACGAUUUUAAAACUUGUUCAUAUCAUCAUUUAAUCCCGUUGAUGGUCAGCUAUUGUU